UACGUGGGUAUGUUUUGAACGGAGGAGACGUAAAGGGGCAAAUGCGUCGCUGAAUGUUUUUCUUGCCGCGUCACGCAAUAAGAAAUCCUCACUUUGAGGAAAGAGUCACGAGAAAUUGGGUUGGGCACAACAUUGCUAUUUGUGGGUGAAUGCCUUUUCGAGCAAUAAGCAAAGCUUUAUUUGUGCGCGUUCGUGCAUAAAGUAAUGUAAACAGAGCUACAUCUGUCUCAGGUUGUAAACGAUUCGUGGGUUUGUGGUGUAAGAAUGAGGAAGUGAAGUGGAUAGGAGUCCGAGAGGCGCGUGUGCAAGACAGAGUUGCAGCGCCGCCCCUGUGCACCCGGCGACACCCCGACCUGUAUACACAGAUAAACAACAUAAACAAAUCCAACUUCGCGCGGACAAGAUAUAGCACGACUUGAACCUGAUACGUCGACGCGUGACAUUCCGUAGUUUAGUUGGAACUAACAUGUUUUACAUGUAUGCCACAUUUAACUUAGGCGGCUUUCGUGCGAGAGCACAGGGAGUGUUGUUUACGCAUAAACAUUGACAAAGGAUAUGAAUGUCACCAAGCAUGAAGAAAAUGCAGCGAGAGAUAUGCUUGACAUAGGGGGGAAACCAUCAAAAGAAAUCAAGAAAGAGGAAGAUUCAGUCGCACUGCAGGCCUGUCAUGAGACUCCAGAAGCAACUGUGGGAAAGUCCCCGGGUGCUGCCACUGACGGCACCACUAAGUCCCCUGCAUCACAACACAGCCCAGAGGACAUGAGUCUCACUGCAGACCCACCCAUCAGUAGAAAGAGGAUCAGACUCUCCAGUGAGGCUUCCAGUACUGAACAUGUGCAGGACGGGUGUGAAGAAUCCACAAGGUCACGCCGUCAUAGCAUUACAUCUGACAAGGACACCUCUCAGGAAAAGACCAUCUCGUCCUACAGGAAGCCUCUGUACAGCAUCUCCCAUCGCAUCACAGAGAAGAAGGCCGUUUCCAAUCUAGACCAGCACGGACCGCAAGAGCCAGGGGUUCGGCUGAACAACAUCCUAUUCCCCAAGCUGUGCAACUCGGGGCAGAUUAACCGAUGCGAGCCGAGUCUCAAUCAAGGCGGUUCGGCUUCCGUAGCCUCGGCCGAACCGAACCUUUACCCUUUGAUUGAGAAAAUGUUCUUCAUUCUCAACACGUUGAAUUCGAGCAUGACUCAGCUGCACAGCAAAGUGGACCUGCUGUCUCUUGAGGUUACGCGCAUUAAGAAGCAAAUAAAGCCUUCAGAAACGGCCAUGGAGUUCCAGCCCCCGCCAGAGUAUCAGCUAACGAGCGACGAGCUGGCUCAGCUAAUGGAACAGACGUCAACUGCAGGGGAGCUCGGGUGCAGGCUGCUGGUCCAGCUGUUUCCUGAGCUGUUUACGGCCAAGGAUUGCAUCCAUGGCUGCAGUGCCUGUGGCGUUGCCGAAAAACGGACUCUCGACUCACUUCACCUUCAGCUGAUUCGCAAUUAUGUGGAGGUCUGCUACCCGCUGGUGAAGAACAGCAACAUUUGGCAGAGUGAGUGCCUGAUACAAAUUAAUGAUUUUUUCAAUCAUUUCUGGGCCCAAAAGGACAUGGAAAAUGGUCAGCCACAGCAUGACAAACAAACUCCAGUUGGCCUUAGUUUUGAGAUGGACCAGAGUCAGCCCUCCCAUUUCAUCAAUGAGGAUGGGCUGGACGAGAGGCUUUCGAUCGACUCCGGAGGUGACGACAGCAGUGGUCACCUGAACAUGUCAUCAGAUCCCGUGUUGGACUCCCAGGAAGUGGCGGAGGAUCUUGACGAUCUCUCCUCCCCUGAUGACUUUGUGAUUUUGUUGUUGAAUAGACUUUUCCCAGAGAUCUUUGAGGAGGGGAAAUUGCCCGAGGGAUACAGCGGCUGUAACAGUAUAGGAAAGCUCUUACUAGAGUCUGAAAGACUAGAGAUCAUUCGUAAGUAUAUGGAAACCAAUUUUCCUGAUAUCCCAGAAGACACCUGGCUGCAGAUCUGUAUUCAGCGCAUGGAAGAAGCACUGGAGGCAAUUCCAGGAAAUGGAAAUGACCUGGAUACCUUGCAAGAUGAAAGCUUUGACGCAAAUCUUCCAGAUGAUGUUUCCAUUGUUAAAAUCAGUGACCUUUGUGAUUACGAUCGUCCAAACCGCAGGACUAAAAAAACGUGGUUGGUCCCCUUCAAUUUCGACAGCCUUGAGGUUCCUGCACCUGAUUUCGAUGUUUCCCAGGAGUAUCUCCUCACAAAGGAGCAGCUGAAGAAUAACUAUGACUGUAGUUUGUCCAUUGGGAACUUUGCCUCCCGUCUGCUUGUUCUAAUGUUUCCAGAGUUAUUCACAUAUGAAAAUGCACGAAAGCAUUACAACUGCAGUGGCACGUUAGGCAAGAAACAGCUCGAUCCAGUCAGGAUCAGAUUGAUCCGUCAUUACGUUCAGCUGUUGUAUCCCCAAGCCAAGAACGAUCGAGUGUGGACCCUUGAGUUUGUGGACAAGUUGGACGAGCGGUGCAGGCGGAGAGACACGGAGCAGCGCCGCUCCUACCAACAGCAACGUAAAGUCUACGUCCCAAAGUCAGAGCAAGACUUUGUGACCGUCAGCCAAAUAAGCCAACUGACCUCGGAUCGGCUGAGGGAGGACUAUGAAAUGCCACCCCUUCCGCCUGAAAAAAGUAGCAAAGACUUUUGCAAGAUUCCCCUGGAGGAGCUCAUUGUGCCUCCCCCAGACUUUCCUGUGCCUUCUGUGUACCUGCUGUCAGACUCUGAGGUGAGGGAGAUCGUCCAGCAGAGUCUCUCAGUAGGGAACUUUGCCGCCCGCUUACUGGUGCGUCUCUUCCCAGAGCUCUUCACCCAGGAGAACCUGCGGCUUCAGUACAAUCACUCCGGCGCCUGCAACAAAAAGCAGCUGGACCCAGUCCGCCUGCGCCUGAUUCGCCAUUACGUGGAGGCCGUCUAUCCAGUGGAGAAGAUGGAGGAGGUGUGGCACUAUGAGUGCGUGCCGAGCAUCGACGAGCGCUGUAGGCGGCCAAAUCGGAAAAAGUGUGACAUUCUGAAGAAGGCCAAGAGGUCGAGCACUGUGUCAUACUCCUAACACAAACACCUCUCUACAAUGUCGUUUUUUUUGUAUUUCUCACAAAACAUGUAUUAUUUGCACAAAUAUCUAAGCUGAAGAGUAUAGUUAAUUUUUACAACAAUGUCCAUGGUGAGGACCAAGUGUGUAUAUUGAGGCCAAGCUGAUGGUCCGUCCUCUUAGGAUGUAUUGUAAAAAAAUAAAUAAAGAUGUAGCUGCCGCACCAGACAGUAUAGCUUAUGAUAUUAGGGCUUGGAAUUAACCUGCUGAUUUGGCUUUCACUGUGGCUGGUUCGUAGUCGCUUAACAAUUUAUAUGUUAAUUAAGUAGAUGACUAGCUUGUUUUGUUUUUUAUCUUUGAGAUUGAAAAGAGAAAAAUAAACCGCACCAGGUUCCGCAAAAGUACUCAGUAUGGUUGUGAAUUCCCUGUCACUGGCAGGCUGAUGUAGCAUUAGUAAGCAUAAGUUAAUUCCAAGCCCUUUUUAUGAUUCAGAUCACUACCGUUUGGUAGGGAGAAGGUAGUACCUAUUUAAACGCCAAAAUAUUAAUGUUGUAUUUCUAAUUUCUAACAUGUCGAUAAGCUAAUGUAGCCAGGAAACAUAUGAUAACAUUAACACUAACGCAGCAACAUAGGUCACACAUACAAGGUUUCAGAAUCUGGCAACAAAACAAUUUCUUAGAUGUAGCAGCGUUCCAGUAUGUCUUUUGUAACAAAGAUGUUUAUGUUCUAAAAAUGGUAAAUGGUCCUUAAAAUCUGUAUUUAACUAUUGCGACAGGUGGUCACUCUAUUUUUAAACAAAUAAGCAGCAUUAUAAUGUAAAAUUAAAGAUGUUAUUUUAUUU